ACAGUUGCAGAGGUCGUUGCUGUUGCUCUUGAACGCAGCUCGUCACAUUUGAUCAAACACAAACAACAAACUGCUUUAGACUGAGGAGAAACAGCACGGAGCUGAAGACAAGGCAGCCAGAAUGACGAGUCUCCAGCUGAGUGCGAAGGAGGACAUGUUGGAGAGGUUUCUGGAUGCUUCAGCCAGAGGAGACCUGACCCAGGUGUCCACGCUGCUGUCCCACGUCCCCUCGCUCAUCAACCAGACGGGAUACAGUGGCUGGACGGGGCUGAUGCUCGCCGCUCGCAACGGACACUACAAUGUGGUGGAGGCGCUGCUGUCGCAUGGCUGCGACAAGUUCUCAGUGAACAGCUCGUCGCAGACCGCAUACGAUAUCGCCAAGUUCUGGGGCCACAGACACAUCUCCAACCUGCUGGGCCGGACGACGGACGGCAGCCAGCGAGUCCUGCCGGGCUCCGACCCCCACCAGCACGAGAACUACUUCAGCAGAGAGACUCUGGACCGGCUGAGUGCCAAGAGGACAGACACGGUCUGGUUGGAGGAGAAGCAGAGUGACCCAGACACAGUCUACCUCCUGUUCUCCAGCCUCAGCCCCAUGGUCCGCAGCUCCCAGGAGGACGACAACGCAGGGGGUGAGACCAAGCUGUGUCGGUUCAGAUAUGAGGCGGUCAAAGACCUUCUCCAGAAACCUGCGACUGUGCUCAUCUUCCUCGGAGUGGAGAAGAGGAAAACACCCUCCUCCUCCUCCUCUCAGACAGUGGACGGCAUCCAAGAGCCUCCUGCUUGGUUUGCCAUCAACACAGAUGAAGUCGCUGCUGAACUUCUUAAACGCUGCAGAGAGAGGAACUGCUCCUUCCCAAAGACGCCCAACAGAGACCUGCUGAAGCUCAACGAGGAAGAGGCUGGAGUUGUGGCUCAGGCUCGGUCGGUGUUGGCCUGGCACAGCCGCUACAGCUUCUGCCCGACGUGUGGCAGCAGCACCAAGCUGGAGGAGGGAGGAUACAAGAGGAGCUGCCUAAACCUUGACUGCAGGAGUCUGAAGGGGGUUCACAACACGUGCUAUCCACGAGUCGACCCAGUGGUCAUCAUGCUGGUGAUCCACCCUGACGGCAACCAGUGUUUACUGGGAAGGAAGAAGAUCUUUCCGGUUGGCAUGUUCUCCUGUCUGGCUGGAUUCAUAGAGCCUGGGGAGGCGAUGGAGGAGGCGGUGAGGAGGGAGGUGGAGGAGGAGAGCAGCGUGAAGGUGGGACCGGUUCAGUACGUCUCCUGCCAGCCCUGGCCGAUGCCUUCUAACCUCAUGAUUGGCUGCCUCGCUGUCGCUAUAUCAACUGACAUCAAAGUAGACGAGAAUGAGAUCGAGGAAGCUCGGUGGUUCCCACGACAACAGGUGAUUGACUCAUUCAGAGGAGCCCAUCCGGCCUUGACCAUGCCUCCCAGACAGACCAUCGCCCACCAGCUGAUCAGACACUGGAUCGGCAUGAACUCUAACCUUUAGCCCUCCAGAUGGGUCUAAAAAAACCAGCAGCUGUCUGAUCUGUUGCUGCUUCAUUACGACAAAGCAGCUGCCAGUCGAGGGAAUCACCAGAUUCUUCAGGUUGUACACAACGCGGUGCUUUAAUGUGGUUUGUAUUUACUGUUACAAUGUUAAAUACAAAUUCUUUAAAUUCACUUAUUGUAUGUGGAGUGGUACAGCCUGCAGAUAAAUGCAAAGGCAGAAACAAGCAAAAUGGAAAAGAGGACAAAAAAUUCACUCUUACUUGAAAGCAACAGCUGCUUCUGAUCUCAGCUUAGAACCUACACUUGCGGUGUGACGAUGGAUCAAAUAAUAGUGCAAAGUUAAAGGACACUGUUGCAGAAAGAUUUAAUCUGCAGUUACACAAAAACAUAUAUUGUAUACAUAUAUACUGGGAUAUUAAACUAUUCCACCCACAAUUUUAAGCAAAUCUAGACCAACAAUUUAAACUCCACCAUCCAUCAGUAUCACAGCAUCUAAUACUGAAGUUUCAGCUUUGACUGAUGGUUUCUUUGUCAAAUGUCCGCCAUCUUGACAAAUGUAUUAAUGUAGUCAAAGAAAUCUAAGCUAAGAAGAUACAUUAUUUGAUUAUAAAUUAAAACAAGUAUAAUUAUUUCCAUUAAUUCCAUGUUAAACUGGAGUUAAUGUGCAGUGAUGGAAGCUUAUUAUUAUUAUUUUCUACUGUGCGGUCAAACAACAAAAUGGCCGAUCACUCGCGCUGAUAAUUGACUCGCGCUGAUAAUUGACGCACAAUAAAUUUCUAUAAAAUUUAAUUUAAUUUGAAAUUAACAGGAUAUUUUUUAUUUUAUUUACCUUUAUUUAACCAGGAGUGUCCUGGCCAAGACAGGCAGCAUUACAACCACACAUGCAUACAAAACACAAAAUACACAAAAACGUUAAAAACAUAAAACAACUGAAACGGCAAAUCCCUCAAAGUCAACCAAAAUCCUAAACACAUCAGGCAAAACAUCUACAGACAGAUGUGAUUGCCUCCAAGUCAAUCAACAUCCUCUUAAAAGCAACCAAUGAGACCAGCUCAUUAAGUUUCAUGGAUUUCUGUAACUUGUUUCAUGUAGAGGGAGCAGCAAACUUAAAUGCCUUUUUCCCCAGCUCAGUUCUAACCUUUGGAACAGACAGAAGGAAAAGAUCCUGGGAAUGAAGAUUGUAAGUCCUGUUAGUAUUUACACUGAUAUAGGUCAGAAGGUAGGAUGGAAGUAGACCUAAAAUAGCCUUGUAUAUGAAGAUAUGCCAGUGUUGAAGUCUCCGUGUUGAUAGAGAAGGCCAUCCAACACAUUCAUACAGUUCACAAUGGUGAGUGAGGGCUUUAAAACCAGUGAUGAACCUCAGAGAUCCAUGGUAUACAGUGUCCAGUGCAUGUCAACUUUGAGACGAAGCAUGCAUGUAUAAAACAUCACCAUAAUCAAGUAUAGACAUACAAGUGGCAGCAACCAGCCUCUUUUUAGAUAGGAACAAAAGGCAGGAUUUGAUUCUGAAAUAAAACCCUAGUUUUAGUUUUAAUCUUUUUGCUAUCUGUACUUAGCAACACAUUCAAUCUUCGUACCCUGGGAAGUGAGGAUUGAAGGCUGAUUUGAUUUGGAUUUUGAAUUUGAAAAAACAUGACUUUUGAUUUUUCAGCAUUUAAAACAAGUUUUAAAUCAUAAAGAUUCUGUUGAAGCGUGUUUUAAAGCAAGUUGUAACUGGGUGAGAGCCUGGUCUGCGGUGGGUGCUGAGCAAUACAGUACAGUGUCACAAAUUUUACUUUAGACACGUUAUGAUCAAUGUUAUUGAUAUAGAGGAUGAACAGCAGUGGCCCCAAGGCUGACCCCUGAGGCACGCCUUUUGUUAUUCUGAGAUAGCGAGAAGUGCUGCCCUCCGCCUGCACACACUGAGUUCUGUCUGUAAGGUAAUUAACAAACCAGCUGACAGUUUGUCCAGAAUAUUCAGACAUAUUAAAUUGCUUAAUAUCACAACUUCCCAUUGUCUGUGGCAAUAUUUUAUAUAACAUGGUACUGUUGUGCAUGUGUCCAUGUUCCCAUGAUGUUACCACUUACCUGGCCUCCAUAAUAACAACUGUCUGUACACCCGCAUUUGUACACACCGAUAAAUGCCGCAUGGCCCAAAAGGUUUUGUCUAUUGCCAGGCAAAUGAUCUGAAGUAAACCUAUUUGAAUGAAA